AUGGACCCCUUCGACCCUGACAUCGAUUACUUCGAAGACGAGCUCGACGACGCCGACUUUGCCACACUCGAACAGGCAAUCGCCGAGCAGGAAGAAGAGGACGACUCACAGAGCGAGCAAGAAAAUUACGGCGAGGACGAAGAGGAGGAGUUUGAACCUGAGUGGGAGGUCCGCAGAAUACAGGUUCCUCUGCAGUGGCACGAGGAGGAGCUUACGGAAGACACAGAUCUCUCACAGGGCGAGGGACUUUCAGAAGAAGCCGAGAACUCAGAAGAAGAGGAGGAAUUCUCACAAGAGGAGGAAGGUUCUGACGAAGAAUCGCACGCCGAAGAAGACGACCACGCCAGUUUAUUCUCCGACGGCUCUGACGACUCCCUCUUCGUCGAUCAAAGCGACCACCACGCCGAAGGCGAAGCACUUCCCUCGCUCGACGAGCUGCUGCCCGAGUUUCGCGAGGAGCUGGCCCGCACUAGAGAGGUGAUGGCCGAGCCGGAGCGCGCACGCUCGCGGCCUGCCGAGCAAGCUCGUUGGAGGAGAGAGCCUGAGACUCGUCCUCAGCAAAAUAAUCGGACACAAAGUGGAGGGGCCCGGCACAACGUUCGCGUCAUUGAUGACGAGCUUAUCGAGAUAGAGAUUGACCUGCGCGGUAAUGGCGAUGGCAGAAACAGGAGUGGUCGGAGCGAGCCCAUCGUUAUUGAUUUGACUGGGGAGCCUGAUUCACCCCCUGCCCGCCCGAAUCGCCCCGCGCAGAGAGCCCGUCGAUGGGUCGGUCGCGCCGCGCCUCCAGAGAAUAACAACAACAACGCCAAUCCCCCCGUGAUCGACUUGACUCUGUCCGACGACGAAAACGACCGUCAACCUCCUCCCCCUCCGCGCCCGCUACCUCGCAAUCCCCCCCCACACAAUCACAACAGUGAUAGCAACAGACAACAGAACAACAACAGUCACAUGCUCAACCUCCCCCACCCCCGCGACUUCAUCGACCUCGCGAACGAAGCCGAAAAUGACCACGCCAUCCAGGACCCACUGUAUAGGACCAUGAGCCGGAUGGCGCGGACAUUUGAUCUCAUUCAUCGUCUCGGUGGGGUGUGGGGCCGUCAACCACAAAACGUGGACAUCCAGCUCAUCAACCCCGUCGCUGCGGCCGUUGGGGGGAUGAAUAACCCCCUGGCGGGGAACCCUCCUGUGUUUAACUACGCUGCUGCCGGUAACAAUAGCAGCAAUGCAGGGAACAAUAACAAGAAUAACUGGGUUGCGCCACCGAAGGCUAGAGCGGGGUUUACACGAGAUACGGGUGAUGAGGAGAUGUUCAAGGAGCAGAUGAUUGUUUGUCCGAGCUGUGAGGAGGAGCUGAAGUAUGAUCCUGAUGCGAAGGACAGUGGAGGGCCUCCAGCGGCGAAGAGAGUCAGGACGAGGAAGGACAGGGAGGAGCAUUAUUUUUGGGCGAUCAAGGAAUGUGGUCAUGUGGGUUCCCUCACUUUCUACAUGGGUUUGGUGGGAAAGGACUAG